AUGCAGCGGUUCCUCGACCAAGACUCCCAGAGCACUGUUCUCGCUACUUGCUACAGUGCUGAGUCGUCGACCUCCGAGGUCCACGGCUUCCACUACUGCACUACCCUGGGUGCCGUCCUCCCCACGACAUCCUCGAUUCCCGCGCGGAACGAAUCUGGCCUGGAAAUAAGCCAGAGUACAAGGGGGGAGGCAGCGCAUAACAUCCCGGAAGAGUGUGAGAGACUCUUCUGUGACAGACUGUCUGCGACAUUCCUGGGUGAGAGGAAUUCCGUGGGACAGGAGUCACUGGGGAUGGAUGCGUUCGAAAAUAUCCAGUCAAAUCAAGUCGGGAACCCUCGUCAUCGAAUCCAGCUAUGGAUAGAAGUGUGGGAUUACUCUGGUGAUGCUAUCUACCGCGGAUUUGUGGCUGAACACAAUAAGGAGCGGACAUUGUUCGUCUUCUUCGAGGACCGUGCACUUGAACACGGCCUCAAAUCAGGCUUGAUUGCUCUGUUUGAACUUGCCGAUAUUGCUACCUUUGGGUGCUCGCAAAUAGUUGCCUGUGUCAGUCGCUCCCAGCGCACUGAUGAGAUGGAGCUCGUGCGAAGUCUAGGAUGGUGUGGAUUCAACCUCACCACCUUGGCACCCUGGGUCUCACGUGGUGACCAAGGGUCAUGUCUUAGUAAUAGAUGGCUUUUCUUGGUUGCUGAAGUCUAG